AUGCAAGGAAAGCUUUAUAUGCUAAAGAUUGUUACAGUUGAUCAUGUAAACAUUGCAAAAGAGGAUUCAAAUUUAAAUUUAUGGCAUUAUCGCUAUGGUCAUUUGGGAAUGGACAAUGUAAAUAAGUUGAUGAAAGGUGAAAUGGUUCAAGGAAUGGACUGUGUGAUGGACGGUGGAAGUGAUUCAGUUUGUGAAGGAUGUAUAAUGGGUAAACAACAUCGAACAAAGUAUCCAAGUGGAGUGGCGAAGCGUGCAACUGAACCUUUCGAGUUGGUUCAUAGUGAUGUUUGUGGUCCGAUGUCAGUUAAUUCCAUUGGCGGUUCAGUCUAG